GCCUAUUUGCCACUGGUCUUCCUGGGCUUCCCUUCGUUCGCUGCUCUGGAGGUAAUUGUCGUAUGGCGAUUCUGACUUUAGGUGGGUUGGUUAUCCAGAUACAUUCACAGGCCCACAUCAUGUACAGAGUUUCUAAAGAGCUAUGCUUGGUGAAUCGGGUAGAUAUUACUCGAAUACUGUUGCAGGGUUUGAACUUGGACCUGUUACAAGUCGAUCCCAGGUCACAGAGGCAGUCUAGCACGGUCCAACCUAGUUACUACUGCUUGACAAGAGUCAAUCCCGGCUCUCCAGACCAUCGGCAGCAGUGAUCCAUCCCGUAACUAGUCACCCCAUCGCAUGGGGUCAACACCACACCAAGCUUUCCCAGGAGAGCGACCAAUAUCUUCGACUUGAGGUGACCCUUAUCGGCGAUUAUCCUACGAUGGUGAUAUCCUUUUUGAGAUACUCUGCGGGAGACGGUCCUGGUCUGGUCAGGGAAUAUAAUGUAG